AUGGCCAUCAACCCGCUCCCCCUCAUCCGCCGCGUCGUGACGACUCACGACGACAGUGGCGCGGCCAAGGUGUGGAUCGACGAGGAGGUCGAGAACAAGGCUCCUCCCGGGUUCUCGGACGGCGUCAGCUUCGGCCUCGCGUGGACGACGAACACGAGCCCGGCCGACUGCCAGACGCCUGUCGACGGCAAGGACCUUCCAAUCGGCGAGCUCGCAAACACAGAGGGGUCGGUCGUUCGCUAUGUCGACAUGCCGCCUGGCCACGUCUCGCCGAUGCACCGCACCCUCACGCUCGAUUACGGAUUCGUCCUGUUCGGCUCAGUCGAGCUCUCCUUGCCCGACGGGUCCAGGACGCCCGUCAAGCCGGGCGACCUUGUCGUGCAGCGCGGGACCGACCAUGCCUGGGUGAACGCCUCCGAGACCGAGUGGGCUCGCAUGGUGUACGUCCUCCUACCGUCCAAGCCGAUCGUCGUCGACGGCAACGAGCUGCCCCCCAAAUCCAUCCACACGUAG